AUGGAUUUCUUUGAUCAGUCUAGCGACAUCUCUUCGCAACCUCAGAAUAGCGAUUCUGAUUGGCGAAUCGAAUUACCUUUAAAUCUGCUAUGUGAUAGCGUUAAGGAUCGUGAUUUGCUGAAAAGACCGGACGAUGAGUGGUUAACAAUAUUCGAAAAAAGUGUGUUUUUCCAAGGGAAAGACCCUUUAAUUUGGGGCAGUUUCUUGGCCUGUGUUUACUUGGAUCCCGACACGAACAAGUUUGGGGCAUUCUUCAUUGAUAAAGUUGGUACCACGCAUUUCCCAAACGUUAACUUCCAUGACAAUUCCGUCUAUGGACCUGCUGUCUUGAACCUCAGUAAUAGAUAUAAGGACUCAAAUGUAAGGAAAGUACUUGCUUGCUCUUUAUUAGAGAAAUAUGCUACUACAGAUGAGUCAAUAGUGCAAAAGAUCACUGAUGGAGUUCCAUUGAAAUUCGAGUAUGAUCAGACCCAUUCAGGCGAUUUGGCCAAUGGAUGUAAAAUGGUGGAAUAUUGUACCCCUGGAAAUUUGGGGAAAAGCAUCAUGUUGCAUGGGUUGAUCUGUCCUAGAUCAGUACAAUCACUGCUAGUUGACGUAGUGUAUGAAAACAAGCCUGAAUCUAUUGAUGCCAAUAAUGAGUUGGUAUUUUACCUAGGUGAACAAUUAGAGCAAUUGUUUGACCCGUUAACAGAAUACUCGCCGGAGCAAACAGAACGCGUGUACACAACGCCCGACUUUUCACCAGAAGAGCAGACUGAAAAGGACGAACCACUAAUCAAUUCCGUAUGUCAAGAACUUUUAACAUUACAAACAAACUUCACUUUGUCAAUUAUAGAGUUCUUACAGAAGUUUUUAAUACCGUUAAGAAUUGAUGUCCUCAAUGAAGACAUUCCCACUCUUUCCGCAGCUAAGUUGAACCGACUAUUUCCACCAACGAUCGAUGAAGUAACUAGAAUAAACUGCAUAUUUUUAGAUGCCCUGAAGUCUGCUACCCCAUAUGGUUCCAUAGAAGUUUUGAAGGCAUGCAGCGUCACAGUUCCAUAUUUCUAUAAAGCUUAUUCGAGACACGAGGCAGCAACUAAGAACUUUUCAAAGGAUAUAAAGCUUUUUCUACAGAAGUUCAAGCAAGUGAUACCAAAUAGUAAUACAUAUACAGAAAUGAAAAUCGAAACCAUUAUAAGAGGUCCUCAAGAAAAGCUAAUGAAGAUAAAACUGAUACUGGAGAGAUUGUGGCAAUGCAAGACGUGGUCAACGCCAGAAAUUGAAAAUGACGCUCAAAAAAAUUACACAAAUAUUAUGGAAAUUGUGGAUUCUUUUGGUAAACUAGAUUCUUCCACCAUGAGUGCCUAUAACACAAGAGUGUUUACUCCCUCCGGAAAGAUUUUAACCGAAUUAGCUAAAGGCUGGCCACUUGAACUGCAAUAUAAGUGGUUGAAGAGGCGAAUUGUUGGUGUUUUUGACGUGAUUGAUGCAGAUAAUAAUUCAAGAAGAGAUUUAUUGGUUAUUUUCAGCGACUAUAUCGUGAUAUUGAGCAUUGUCGAUGCUGAAAAGUACUACUCGGAGACCGAUAAUAAACCACUUAUAUCUGAUGUUCUCAUGAACUCCCUAAUCAAUGAAGUUGCACUGCCAUCAAAGAUUCCUAAAUUACAAGUAGUGUCGCAUUGCUAUAUUGAUAGGAUUCUAACGUCCACUACAAAGGAUAACUCUAUCAUCCUUACUUUCUUGGAUCCCAAACAACCGGAAAGUUUUGUAUACAAGCUCGCCUCUUCUAAAAUGAAGGCAUCUCACAUUGAAGAAUUGUGUACAAAAGCAACCAUUCUGGAAAAAGUGACUGCCUUCCAUUUAUUCAAAUCAAACCGUUGCAAUUUUAACAUCUAUUUCACGGCGCAUGAGCUGGAAGCCUAUCAAAAUGAAACGAUCAAAUCACGAUUCACUUUGUUUUUAAAUUGUCCGCCAAAUAUAAAGCAAUUAGAGGAACACGAACUUGACCUAGCUUUUUUUGCAACCCUAGAUACCGGUAAAAUUUCGCUGACAAAAUUAACAUCGGAAGGGACGUCUGAUAAUGUCGAAGUAACCCUUGAUGAACUUGUCACUGUUUUAACCAAAGAGUUGAUGAGUAACUAUGGCAAAUAUACAUAUUCCUUCAAGGCACCAUUUUACAACGAGCUUCUAAGAAUCAACGAACAACUAACGAAAUUAAUAGGACACGACUUUAACUUGGUCGAUAUCCACGACGCACCUUCGAUAGUUACUACGCCUGUUGUUAACGACAAGACGAACGGUUUUCAACCUGUUCAUAAAAAGGACAAAUCUUAUGGAACGAUUACCACAUUUAGAAGUAGCGUGAGCGACUUUAAGGACAAUUUACUUUCUAAUAACGCUAAAUCAUCGAAGGCAAACAAAAAGUUUCUCAAAAGCAACAAGGACAAAUCUCAAACAGAAAGCAAACAGUCAAAACGUGGAGGUUUCAUAUCGAAAUUGUUUUCUGUUUUCAGAAAGAGGAAAUCACCUUCGAAAAGCCAGAAACGGGUUGUAACAAAAAAGGAUGCUGGACUGGCGAGAAAUAUUUCGAAAGAUCUACCGCCUAUUAGCGUGCCAAAGAAAAAAGGAGAACGUGUUGGGUCAGUUAUCCACAACAAAAACAUCACUCCAGACCCUCGUCCCCACUCGGACAAUCCUUAUAUCCUUUCCAGUUCAAACUCCUUCAAAACUGUCGACUCUUCUGAAGCUAGCUGUGAGGAUGCGAAUAAUGUUUCUGCUCUUAAGAAUAACGCUAAGCCGAAAUCUAUUUAUACGCAGCAUCAACAAGCAAGGCAAAGCCAGGUCUUCAACGAUGAUCUAUUCGGGGACAUAGUUGCCCCUACGUCUAGUGUACAUGAUAAGAACAGAGCAGAUACCAUAGUUCAGCAGGACGACCGCACCAAGGACGAUGGUGUCAAGGACACUAGUGUGGAAUUAUCAGGCGGAAUCACCCCAUGCUCUGAUGUUAACAACAGCUUCACAAGCUUGGAACAAAAUACUCGUAAUGUAAUUACUAUUGAAUCCACUCCAACUUCCAUAACCCAAGUUGACAAGGAGCAACUCGAAGGCCAACCAGCAUCUUCCACUUAUCCCAGUAAAGAUGAGGACAAUACGAAAUCUCCAAUUUUCCCUAAGAUCAACAAAUAUGAAAUACCAAAAAUCAACUUUACUAAAUCUCCUUCUUUUGCAGAAUUAUUUAAGGAAAUGCGCAUGGUUUUAGACGAGUCUGAUGAAGUAGUGAAUUGGAGAAGACUAUCCAGUGAAGUUUCAUUAAAUGAAAAAUAUGCCAUUCAUAUACCGACUGAUAAGAACUUAAGAUCCAAUAAGCGACUAUCAGCAGCAGUAGAAGUCCCUGAACAAGAUGAACUGUCUUUCCACAAGGAUGAUGUUAAAUCUGAUCAAAGAACACUAGAUACUGGAGUAACUCUCACUAAAAGCUCAAAAUUAUCUGGUAAUUUUAAUGUAAUAAAAACUUCUCCAGUCAAAAUUAUAACUCGAAAUGAGUUAACUAUGAAAAGAACUUCAAGAUCCUCGAACCUGAACGAUGAUCCUCCAAGUUUCUACACGGAAGAUAUGAGCAAAAAUGCAAGACUUGUUGAGCUAACAUUUCACUCGCAGGAAGAUUUACCGGAAAGUCCUUUUUAUACUCCACAAACAGAAGAAACCAAACCUAGUGAACACGGCCAUGAAGAAACAAAUGUGGAUCACUUAGUUCCACCAGAAUCAACCAUAAAAUUACCGACGGAAACGACCAAUAGCCAAGAUGAACCUGCACCAUUAUUAGAUGAUUUAGAGUUCAGUUUCUUCCACAUGUCAUUUGACAAUACCAAUAACACUUCCACUAGAGAGUCUACUAUGGAUACUGGCGAUGUUUUUGAAAAUAAAAAUGUUCUACCUCGGAAGGUAGCAGAGCCUGUAUUCUACAAAUUCGACAAUUUCACCAAAUCCAACGAAUCCUUUUUUUCAGCUCACGAUAAAGUACACCCAACAGCAGUUGAAAACGACGAUGAGCCAAUCUGGGUUUCUCCAAGCAAAUUGGAUAUGUUUGACAUCAGUAAUAAAUCAGACACAUUUUUCAAGAGUUUACAACCACCAGCUUCAAAAAAAGCUGCUCCUAAGGCUGCUGCUUUCGGUGCUUUGACCGACGAAAACAACGGCAAACAUGAUGAACCCUCUUUCCUAAGAGAUUCUUCCUAUGACUACUUAGGUGGCGUUUUAGCAGAAGAUGAUGAAACAAAACCAACGCGAUUGCAGUUCAGCGCUUAG